GAUCGAGCGCGCUGUAAAAGCAGCGCGUCCGAAACGCAGUUUCGGCGGUGCCAUUCCUCGUCGUUUGGCUACGUCGCGCGCCUAUGACGACGGGUUACAACUAGUGUUUACGCAGCCACGCAACCGAGAAAACGAAAAACGAGAGAGAAAGAAAAAUGACCUUCAGAGACUUUAUCCGUCCGGAAGGUGGUCGCAUUGUUCCGUGAGUAUAAACGGGGAGGUGCAGCAGAAUCGGUUCCGUCUGUCUCGAGUCAGUUGAUCCUCUUGAAUCUCUGCGGCCGACGUCGUGUGAACGGGGCAAUCUCAGUUUGUUUGGCUUGCGGCGACGCUCCUCGCCGUCGUUUAUGCCAAUCAGUUUAUGUCAAUCGGUUGUGUACGUUACAAGCUCGCGUUGUAUCAUGUCCAGCCUUAUGUGCGACACGGACGGUGCGCUUGUCCGGGACACACGAUUUUGUCUCCCGUGCGGCUCGCUCCGCUGCUAAGGUAUGCCCGACGACGUGCUCGCGACCGCGAUCGCGACCAGACGAUGGUGAUGACGUUCACGACAUAGCGGAGAUACACGCGGUGAGUCGCGGACUCAAGCCAGCAAGAUGUCCUGGAUGUCGGGAUGCUUCCCAUGGUCGGAGAGUAUCAAGAAGGUGGCCAGCAGAUACCUGCUGCAACGUUAUCUCGGCCAGUUUCUGGAGGAGAAACUGACGUUGGAUCAGUUGAACAUUGACCUGUACAACGGCACCGGUCGUGUAACCAACGUCAGUCUUGACGUGCAGGCACUGAACGAAUUGGGGGAGCAGCAGCAACUCCCGUUGGAAUUUGUCGACGGUUUCAUAACGGAAGUGUCCAUCAGCAUACCAUGGGCGGCAUUACUCAGGGAAGCGAGUUACGUCGAAGUGAGAAGUCUCAGACUCACGGUGCAGCCGCGACAAAGAACCGACACUGGCGCGUCAAUGUUCGAGUCCAUGUGGAGUUCCAUGACGUCGAGUAUGCAAUUGGCACAGGAAUGUCUGCAACAGGACACAGCCAAUACGACCAACACUCAACCCUUGGAAGCGGUGGAGAUGUUUGCGCAAACGAUAGAUUCGAUCUUAUCCAAGGUGAAAGUCAGGUUCAUAGACACUGUGAUACGCCUGGAGCACGUCCCCCUGGACUCGUCCAUAGGAGUGGCGAUGGAAAUGUGCAUACAGAAUCUCGAAUAUUCGGACGAGGCUGGAUUGGAUCCCAGCAGUACAUCUUUGGACUGCAAGGAGUCCGCCAAGACCUACAUCAUUUCGGCAUUCACUACCAAACGGUUUUACCUGGAGGGUGUGACCUUCAACACCGACGAGUUUCCCUCUCAUGCAAGAACGUUCUCUAAAAGCAUGGUGGAAAGCACAUGCUCCACGCCCGAUUCCAAAAACUCGGACAGUCUGUUUUCUUCCGCGCUAAUGUCUCCUACGCAGAACACGCCACACACUCCAUCGGAGGGAAAUGCCGCUAAUAAUGUGAGCGAAUCGAAUCCCAUCAUGUUUGCCAAGCUGGCGGGUAGACAAGAAAUGAGAUUGAAGAUAAAACAAGAGGAAGGAGUGUCGGGACCAAAGGUGGAACUAGAAAUUACCUUGGGAUCUCUCACGCUGUUCUUAAGUCCCAGACAGCUGCACGUCUUGCUGGAAUUAGCACAUGGCCUAGCGUCCCCGGAUUUGGAAGAUGUUAGUAACGUCGUGCCGAGGACCUACACGGGAAAACCUAUAGCCGGCAGUGACUUUAGUCGCAUAGAACACGAACUCAUUCAACACACUUAUCCUGCACCAGACUUAAGAACCACGGAUUUGCGAUACACUCAAGGUUGGUCCACGGACCCUGUGGACGAGUCUGACAACGAAGACGAAUUCUUGCCAAUGCAACUGCCGGGAUCGAUGAGCGGUUCGAUGAUGAGCAACAACAUUAGUAUGGAUGGCAGCAUAUCCAACAGCAGCAUCAGCUCGAAGAGCUCGACGACGAAUCUAUCCAAGCACAAUAAGCAUAGAUACAACGCAGACAACGACACUUCCGCCGAGACAUCUCAGUUCCAUAUGAGAAUGUCCUCGGUCGCUCUGGUGCUAUUGCACGAGGAUAUACUGACACCGUGUGUGGAAGGACGGUUCACGAUCGGUCUCACCUCCAGUAGCAUCAAGCAAAUGAGAAGCAUCGCGAAGGAAUUCUUCAAACAAUUGGGAAUGUUUGCAACAGGCGGCUACGGAAGCAAAGAUUUCGACAAAGUGUCGAAAUUGCUUGUGGAUGCCUGUCGACUUAGUCAUAUUAGAUUAUUAGGCGCGCCGCUUGUCGUCGAGGGAAACGAAAAGACCACUAGUCAGUUCUCCACGAUAUCGGGAAAUUUGACUUUAGCUAGUUUAGAAGUUAUGGAGUGCCUGAUCGACUCCACCAAUCCCGGUUCGUACGGAACACCAACGAUGGAAUUCGUCGAAUUGCUCGGAUUUCCAAAGGAGAAUGUAACCGAACUUGCUUUUCCCAAUAAGACAAACUAUAGAAUGAGGUUCAAGUACACAGAGAAAGCUGUUCGGCACGCUCAUUCAACGCGGUUUACACACCCACGCACAGAGAUUGACAUUCAAUUGGAGACAUGCAGAAGCGAGAUAGACAUCACGAUUAUAGAUAGAAUAUCUGCUGUGCUUAAUCCGCAACCAAUAUGCACUGGCAAUCCUGUAGUGAAUACUAGAGAUAAUCAGCAGACAUCUUUCGAUCAGGCUGUGGAUAACACAACACUGCCAGACUCCAGGGUGGAUGUGAAGAUUUCUUCUUCGUCCUGCACGAUCAAACUCAGGUUUCCCGUGCCAGAUCUAAGACCGCUGCACGAUAUGAAUCGCGCGCCAUGGUGGAAGAGAUCCGUGAGAUCCGAUUACAUAUUACUGCAGAUGGCAGACGCACAAGUACGCUUCAGCACGGAGAGUCGGUCUCACUGUCUAGGGAGAUACGAGUUGCAGUGCCGUCGAUUGUUACUUUCGUACGUGGAGACCGAAGGAGACGUUCCGCUUGAAAUCGGCAGAAUCACAGCCGACGAGAAAAGCGACGCUUCGUAUCAGCAAGUCAGCGAGGGCUUCGGUUGGGCGAGAGUAGUGAUCACUAUGUAUCCGCGUCGUCUCGGCGCACAAUUAGAAGACAGCUCCGAGGGGGAGCAAGAUUCGAGUUUGGACGAAAACUUGGAGAAAACCCCCAAACAUGAGCCUUCUCCGUUCAGCUCUAAACGCGUUAUUCGCGAGUCCGACACGCCUCAUUCUCGGUCUGCUCACGAGCAGACCGAAAAGAACGAGCAGAGCGAGGGCGAGGAACUGAUAAUACCCGGCAAUCGGCAAGAGAUGUUGGAAUUCAUAGAAGAGGGCACACGCGGCUCCAGAUUGCAAUUGGACAUUAGUCUACCGUGCGUUUCCGUUCAGAUACCAUCGAAACGCGUUUACGAGCUGCUGUACAACCGAUUCAACACCGAUCUGUUCCUAUGGGAGCCGUCGGCGCCGAAACCCAGAUGCAUGUCUAACAUGGAGAUUCACGGCGGCCUUGAUCUAGCGUCGACUCUUUUACCAGAACCCGGCACGCUGCCUAGGUUCCGAAUGUGCAAAAGCGGCAUCCAAUGCUCCGACUCCGAAUCGGACGAUGAGGACGUGUUUCACUCCACGGAGGAUUACUACAAGGAUCGAAUGUCGAGAAAUCUGAUUGACGCGCAGAGCAAGGUAGCGGUAACCGUCAACAUCAGUCAGGGUCUGCUGGUGAUGCGGACGCCUGUUCGCGAUUCCACGCGCAACGUUAUUCCGAUGCAACAUGGCGAAGUGGUGAUCCGACUAGAGGACGCCACGAUAUUCUCCGUGACCGCGUUCCGCGGCGACGACGAUCUCGGCUACAUGUGCGGCAUGGCGAGGAACAUGUGGUUGAACCACUUCGGUCUGGCGACUAGCUCGUCGCAGACACCACCUUUGCGAUUCGUGAACAGCGUCAUACCGCACUGCUACGACACCAUUUAUCGGAGUGAGUCAGGCUGUAAUAAUCCAGGCGGUUGCAACAACGUCACGGAGACGGACAUAGUGACGUUGGCGGUGAAAAUACAAGCCGCACAUCAGACACACCGUGUCAAAACGUUCCGCGUGGCGGUGGGCAUGAGAAACGCUACGCUGAGGCAUCGGAUGUGUUCUCACGCGACCGCGUGGUACACACAGUUGAUCGACUGUCUGGACGUAGCCGAUUAUCCUGUACCCGGCUACGCGCCACCGGGUGUUCUCACGGAGCUACACCUGCACUUGUGGGAUUGCGCGGUCGAUUAUCGGCCGCUUCAUCUGCCGCUCCGGUCUGUGGUGACGCUGGGCAACUUUAGCGUGUCGAGCAACAUCGCCGCGCAGACCAAUACGUCGACGUUGCGCUUCAUCGCAGAGGAGAUCGCGCUCUUCGUGUCGGACAAGACGUCGGGCAAAUGCGUGGACCUCAAGCGGGAUUAUGUGUGCAUGAUGAAUCUCGGGCUGUUCGAACUGUCGCUACGUUUGAACGAGAAGAUGUGUGGCGGCGCGCCACGGGUGGAUCUUCGCGCGAGCAACAACGUGCUGCACGUGCGCACGUGCUCGGACUCUGGUCGCGCUCUCAUGCAGCUUCUCAACUAUAUCGCCAGCGACGGUGAUCUGCUGCUGCCGAGUCCGGCGGCAGCCAGCGCCGAAAGCAUGCCCGUGCCGCCGCCGCCGCCGCCGCCGCCGCCGUCGUCGUCGUCGUCGUCGAGUCACAACAGGUCGCCCGAGGAGAGUCUCGUGGAUGUGGAAAGUAUAAACACGUUGAGCAGGAGUCAGGUGGAGCGAGUAUACAGUUUGAUGGAGGACGCGCUGGAGGAGACCGGCGUGAAGGGAACGGCGUCAACGACACCGAACGUCGACGGCAGGACUCCGAUGAUGGAAAAUCGAGUCGAGGUGUUCUUCUUUCCCGACGAGGCUUGUCCCGCUACCUCGCAGAGCCGCGGAGACGCGGAACCGCGGAAGAGCGCGCGAGAAUGCGCUAAGACGACGGCCACCGUCGUCGCGUGUGACACUGUCGAGUCCGACGACGCCGACGAGGAAUUCUGUAUUCUAGGGGAGGAGGCUGGUAUAGGCAUAAUACCGCGCUGCGGCGUGCCUGAAGUCCGUUGGCUGUGUCAGGAAUCGUUAAGGAUAGUGGACAAUCACUUUUACGUGCCGAUCGGCAAAGCAAAUCUGCUACAGGCUCCGCCGAAUUUCCCCGCGCCUGUAUUGAAGUACACCCUCUGCGAGAUGACGCUGAUCUGGCACAUGUACGGCGGCAAGGACUUUGAGGAGACGCAACCGCCGCCGCCAUGCCAAAAGCACGUGAUCAUCAACGAUAACGCGCGUUACAAUACCACGCAUGGAAGAAGUAGAUCCGCCAUAGGUGGAGUAAGUUUCAGCAAGUCCAACUCGAACGAGGUGCACUUUGGCAGCGUUCCGAACUCACCCUGCGCAAUGAGAAGCAGGGAAUCGUUGAUCGACUGGCAAACGCUGGGCGGCCCGGGCAGACGGCACGACGUGCUGAUGGAGCUGCAGCUGAAUAAGAUCCGCUUCCAGCACGAGGUCUAUCCGGAGAACACCGCGGAAGCGUCCAGGCAGGUUCUGUUGGUGAACGAGAUUGAAGUAAGGGACCGACUGGCGUCGUCGCGUAUCAACAAAUUCCUUUACCAAUAUAGCAGUGAGGCGAGACCGAGGCAAUCUCAUGCCAAUAUGUUUACCAUGAAGGCGGUUCACGUAAGGCCGGAUCCCAGAUUAAACGCUCAGGAAUGUUGUUUAAAACUUGGCCUACUGCCACUGAGACUGAACAUUGAUCAGGAUAGCCUACUGUUCUUAAUACAAUUUUUUAACGAAUUAGGCGGUGGUGGAUCGAAGCAGAGCCAAGAAAACGCUAGCACAGUAUCCAAUAAUAGCUCGCAAUCCACCUCCGUAUCGAAACAAGGAACACCCACGCAUCAUCCGCCCGUUAUGAGCGUGAAUGAUGAUGCGUCGAUGAACGACGCAAUAAUGGAUAUGUCGCAGAAUGAUAUUAUUGAUCAAAAUUUAUUGAUAAUGCUGGAGGACGAGCUGACGAUCAAAGAGAACAAAACGAAAGCCAAGACCGUCUACGAGGUUCAUGACGAUAGCCAGCCAAUAUACUUCAGAAGCGUGGUGUUUUCUCCGGAAGUUCUCGUCAAGCUGGACUAUCAGGGCAAGCGCGUAGAUCUCACUCAUGGACCGUUGGCCGGCUUGCUGAUGGGUCUGGCGCAAUUGAAUUGUUCCGAGUUAAGGCUGAAGAGAUUGUCGCACAGAUACGGACUUUUGGGAUAUGACAAACUACUCGCGUAUCUGGCUUCGGAGUGGUUGCAGGACAUUAAAAAGAAUCAACUGCCGGGUUUGCUAAGCGGCGUAGGCCCGAUGUAUUCUGUGGUGCAGCUUUUUCAAGGGAUACGUGACUUGUUCUGGCUACCGAUCGAACAGUACCAAAAAGACGGGAGAAUCGUGCGUGGUUUACAGCGUGGUGCAAACAGUUUCACGACGUCCACCGCGAUGGCGGCGUUAGAACUCACAUCCAGACUCGUGCACGCGAUACAGAGCACAGCCGAAACGGCGUACGAUAUGGUCAGCCCUGGUCCCAGCGUGAGGUACAAAAAUAAAGGACAGAAAGGCCGUCGAAAAAGGCACAGUCAGCCGUUGGAUAUUCGCGAAGGAGUGGCCAACGCCUAUAUGCUGGUCAAAGAAGGUUUGGGUGAAACUGCGACACAGCUGGUCCGCGUAGCGAGUGAGGAACACGAGCACAAGGGUGUAUCUGGCGCGGUUGGCGGAGUGUUGCGACAAAUCCCUCCGACGGUCGUGAAGCCAAUCAUUCUAGCCACAGAAGCGACCAGCAAUGUGUUGGGCGGUAUGCGAUCGCAGCUGGUGCCUGAUGCGCGUCGCGAGGCGGUUCAGAAAUGGCGGCAGGAUUCCGAUAUGAGUUAAUUUCGUUGUGGUACUGAAAGUCGUUAAAUUUAUCGGAUUGUUCGUCAAUUCUGCUCAACGCAAUCUCUCGAAUUCGAUCGAUCUGUCAGGUAAUCUUGUACCGCGACAUGCUCGAGUGAAAAUGUUUUGAGUGCAAACGAUAAACUUCACAAACGGACAGCGAAAUAGCGAGAAAUCAAUGUCGGUAUUCAACAUUUCCCAUACCAACGAUUUCCUAAGGACACGAGCUCUCGCGCGAGGAAACUAAACACACUACGCGCAAUUCGGCUCAAGAGAGAAAUUUAAAUCUUAUUUAGAAUUUGUUCGUGAUAUCUCUGAAAACGCGUCUUCGUAUACACGUGUACAAAAAAAGAAGACACCAAUGAUCGUACAAUCAAGAUUAACAAUAAUCGUGUUUCAUCUGUGCAAUUAGGUCCGGUUGGAUCAUGCGAACACACAGGCAAAUGAUAUCUAGAAAAAAACUCAAACUUAGAAAUAAACUUAGAAAGUCAGUGAAGCAGAGAAAGAAAGAAAGCAGGAGUAGUCGUUAGACUCUAAUUACGGAGUACUACUCGAUAUUAAUAUAGUGUAAUAUAUUUCGAUUCCGUUAAUUUCCUUGUACGAUGUAUUAUACGUCGAAAUGAAAUACGCGAUUUGUUAUAGUAUACAUAUAAAGAAAAAGAGGCGAGUUCUAUCGUAAAAAAAUACAUUACGCGCUUGUAUGUAUUUUUAUUUUAAUUAUGCGUGCGUUUUAUACCAAUGAUGUGUAUAUGAAAAAGAUUUUUAUUAAUAAAAUAAUAUACGCGCGAUA